AUUGGGACUUUAUGUCAUAGGUACCUUCAUACCACCACCAGCACACAGCAAACGUAUGUGCUAAGUACAUAGUUGCACAACGUACAUUGCCAUUCUCUGUAUUAUCAUGCCCCCCCUUCAGCGCUUCGCCUCCUCCUCAACAAUCUCGACUGUAACUCAUUCAGACGCGUCGAUUAUUGAUACGUCAAUAUCGGAAUCAAACACUCCUGUUCGACAUGUACCCUAUAUCAGACGACGCAAUACCCCACAGCAACUCAAGGCUCUCCAGCAGUUAUUCGAACUGACUGCCCAUCCCACUCGGGAGCAGCGCCUCGCUUUGGCUAUGGAGCUCAGCAUGGAGCUCAAGUCCGUGACCAACUGGUUCCAAAACAGACGCCAGGUAGAGAAGAGAAAAUCCCUCGUCUGCAACGAAAACAACCCUCCUAAAAUUCACGCACCUCAAUCGCGUCGUCUGAUACAUCGCUAUCCCAACAAAACAUUCUCCUCUUUCUCUGUCUCACUCGAUAAAAUCGCUCAGUUGGCUGAGAGACCCUCAUCGCCGUCGUCACUUCUUACCACCAAUCAAGCACCUCUUACUCCACGAACCCCUAACAUGCGCGCACGAUCGUCCCCGAGUCCUUCGGAGUUAUGGAAACAUAUUCCUUCGUCGCCAGCUGUUCCACAGUCUUCCCCGGGUGCUGAAGAAGCUAGGCUGGUUGGCCUUCCCUCGCAAUCAAAGACCUGGCGUUCGUUAGAAUGGGCCUGUCUCAAGGCGAGGAGAGACAGGCGGGUUGAUGGUGGAGAGGAGGAAGACGACCUCCCUUGUUUACCCUCUUUAAGUCACGGUGGUGGCUCAGAUGAUGGGUCCUGUGAGGCCCUCACUCCUGAUUCUAGCGUCAACAUCAACCUCUCUCCUCAGAGCAAUUCUUCUUCGCGAGAAGAUGACAACAACAAGGGCUUGUUCUCUGGCUCGAGCAAACCUUGUCAGUCAGAGGAUGUCGAAGCUGCCAUGACGCUCCUUGGUUUUAUGGCGCGCCAUUAACCUAGAAGCAUUUCGCUAUUAGUAAUUCUAUUCCUUUCUCUUCGUGUGCAAUACCAAGGAACCUGUUGUUGUAUUCCAUUCAGUUAUUCAGUUUUUAUUCGAUACCUACGAGAUGUUUGCUUUACCAUACCAUACCUUUUGCAUCCAUACCAUGUAGAAUGACCCGGACUUAUUUGUUGUUGCGCUGAUAUUUCUGUGGGGUCAUAUGCAUCAGGGCCAGCCAUAGCGUUG